UAGAAGAAUAUUUUUAUUUUCAGAUUCAUGCAGCCAACAAUAAUGGGGCUUGCAUCUCAAUUCUCGCAGAGAAAAGUGAAAACCUUUCUUGAUAUAUUUCUAAGAACGGAGCGGGGUUUAAUUCAUCGGACUCCGUACCUUCUUGUGAACAGAACUUUGAAAACCGAAACUAAACCUAGACCCGGAGACAAAUCUGUCUUCACUUCAAAGUCUAGUCCGGAUAUUAAUAUCAAAUCUAAAUCCGAAACUGAAAAAUUACUAAAUAAACUUAAAUCCCUGAAAGGAUCCGUGUCUGAAAAACUCCGUCUCUCUGAAACCAUGACUCCGGAGUUGGAGCAACUAGUCCUGGAGAACCAACCAAACCGCUCCUUUUUACUCCGUCAAGCUCUGGUGGAGAUCAAAGGUGCUGAGGAUAGAACAAAGCACCUUUUAUCCUUGCCGGAGUCCCUAACCGUAGAUGAAUGGAGAACUCUGAUAAGUUUACAGGACUACCGGAGUAGGUUGACCUACCUACAGUCUAUCUACCUGGGCAAGGAUUGUCUAGACGAGAUCAGAAAGCAGGACGAAAUAUACUCUGGGCCACUGCAAAUCAGUGAAGAGAUGAUUUCCGAACUUGUUGGAGAUGAUAAGGACGAACGAAGAAAAAUCAAGAUUUUCCAGGGUCACCACGAAAUGCUUCGCCAAGAAGGUCAACUUCUACCCUCAUCAGUUACAGAGAAGAACCUAACAGAUAUUCUCCAUCUAACCGGAACCUCAAGGAUUAAAAAAUAUCUCAGCUUUAUGUUCAAAACUGAGAUAUCACAGUUCAACGAAGGACUACGUAAAGCAGAGAAUGCCAAGCGAACCGAGGAGAUGAAAAAAAUCGCCAAGGAGAAGAAAGCAAACGCGAACCAUAUUGUCUACGGUCUCGGAGAGAACGUAAUCAUGCACCGUAUCUCCGACUCCACGAUGAACAGUUUCUUCAACUGGAUUGCAGUGCGAGAGUUCCAUGAAUGGGGAAUACCUUUAGUUAUAGAUAUGUCUCACCAUAAGUCCUGGAAGAUGGAUAGAUCCUCGAAGAAAAGUUUAUUUACAGAACUGAGCAACUCUAUAUCUAUUAAUAGAAUGUAUAAGACACCGUUCCAACUUCAUAUUACUGGGUUACAGGAGGAACAUAUGGAAUCCUUGAAGAAAAUCGUUCCAUCCGUCAACGAACCUGACGCAGCAUUUAAUGCAACCUCUCAGAACCAUCUUGAUCUGUUCCCAGCAGAGAAGAUGGUUUAUCUUUCUCCAGACUCAAACAACGAUCUUCAAAAGUUUAAUCCUGACGAUAUUUACGUCAUUGGAGGGAUCAUCGACAAGGGAAAUGACAGGCUACCACUGACGCUUUCUGCAGCGAAACGUUUGCGCAUUCGCCACGCUAGAUUCCCAAUGCGUCAGCAUCUUGGACUUACCGGAGAUCUUAACGUUGACAGCUGUGUCGCCAUUAUGAAUGAUUUGAAGGCAAGCCAGGACUGGUUCUACUCUUUCCGCUGGGUUCCGUCUCGACAUCUCGGGAACAGGGUGAAAACUAAUCUUAACCCUAGUCUUCAGCAUCAGCUUGCAUACAGAGCACACAGACAUCUCACACCCAACUCCUGGAAGGGAGAAACAGAAUCAGUUAGAAACCUUAAUCUUGGUCCAGCACAGUACAGGAUGUAUUAUCAGAAGAUUAAGGAUUGCAAGACAAGAGAGGAAUUGGACGAAUUGUUAGAGGAGUUAAAAAUUUGAAAGAAAUAAAAACUAUUAAUCAA